GCUCUCUCCGGCGACAAAACACAGCCAGCGACUGACGAAAACUAAACACUUCGCCGUCACACACUCUCUCUCUCUAAUCUCCGGCGAUGGAGAGUUUUGCUCUUCACUCUCUCUCCACCACCGCCACUUCCACCUUACUCUCCCAUCAUCAUCAUCAUCCCUCACGUCUCUCUCUUCUCCGUCGCACCUCCUCGAGAUCUCCGCCUUCAACAAUCUCCCUCCGAUCUCUCUCCGUUCAACCUAUCUCCUUCCCUCUCCUCAAACCAAUUCCUCGAUUCUCCACACGAAUAGCCGCCGCACCACAAGACAACGCUCCUCCUCCUCCUCCUCCUCCUCCUCCUCCUCCUCCCCCAUCUCCGUCUCCGUCUCCUCAAGGAGCGAAACUCAUUCCUCUAAUCCUCUCAAUCUCCGUCGGUCUCAUCCUCCGAUUCGCUGUUCCUCUACCAGAAGGAGUCACGCCACAAGGCUGGCAAUUACUCUCCAUCUUCCUCUCAACAAUCGCUGGUCUCGUCCUUAGUCCUCUCCCAGUCGGAGCUUGGGCUUUCAUUGGCCUCACCGCUUCAAUCGUCAUCUAUCAUCACUUUGUGUCUCCUAUAUUUUUGUUAGAAAACAUAUUAAAAAUAUUUUAUUGUAUAAGAUAAUGUAAUAAAAAUAAUGUAAAAAA